CCGGUGCAGCGGCAGAAGCCCAGUGACAGGAGGCGGAGGAUGGGAGCGGUUGGCCCUAGCUUCUGACCGUCACUCAUCCGUACCCAGAGAAGCGGGGGUAGACUUGUCACUAUAGAAAAGAAAAAUAUCCGGAUCUUCCACAUAAAUUCACCGUCCACCAAAAAAAAACUGGUCCGAAGGAGUCGACACUUUCCGCGCUGCGGGGAUGCCGUAAAUCACGCAGGAUUUUCCUUGCGGCAGAGCCAAUUUUAAAGACGGAGUGAGCGGCUGUGGGCGCCGGGCUUCAGUGAUGGGCGACACGAUGGAUCCGGGCAGAGAAAUGAAGAAGACGUUCAUUGUCCCUGCCAUCAAAGCCUUCGAUCACUAUGAUUUUUCCAGAGCCAAGAUCGCAUGCAGCCUCUCGUGGCUGGUGGCGAAGGCAUUUGGGACAGAUCAUGUACCAGAGGAACUUAGAGAGCCAUUUUACACAGACCAGUAUGAACAGGAACACAUUAAGCCACCUGUUGUCAACCUGCUUCUUUCUGCUGAGUUGUAUUGCCGUGCUGGGAGUCUGAUCUUGAAAAGUGAUGCUGCCAAACCACUACUAGGUCAUGACGCAGUUGUACAGGCGCUUGCACAGAAGGGUCUUUAUGUCACAGAGCAGGAGAAACUAGUGACAGAGAGAGAUCUUCGCAAGAAACCUAUUCAGAUGUCUGCCCAUUUGGCCAUGAUUGACACACUGAUGAUGGCUUACACUGUAGAAAUGAUCAGCAUUGAGAAAGUGGUCUCCUGUGUCCAGCAGUUCACCAACUUCUUCCCAGCCACAGAACUUCCAUAUGACAUUGAAGAUGCCAUUGUCUGCUGGAUAAAUAAGGUAAAUGAACAUUUGAAGGCAAUAGUUACCCAAGAGCAGAAGUUGAGGCGACCUCAAGGGCCAGAAAUAUCUGGAAGUCAAAGGUCUCCAACCAAAUGGUAUUGGAAACUGGUUCCUGCUCGCUACCGGAAAGAUCAAACACUACCCAAGCAACUGCCCUGCAUCCCACCAGUGGAAAAUCUGCUGAAGGAUACCACCGAUGGCUGUGCGUUGGCUGCCCUGAUCCACUUUUACUGCCCUGAUAUUAUACGAAUGGAAGAUAUAUGCUUGAAGGAGACCAUGUCAUUGGCUGAUGGCUUGUAUAAUCUGCAAUUGAUUCAGGAAUUUUGUGAAGGUUACCUGAACCAGUGCUGCCACUUUCUACUCGAGGACAUGCUCUAUGCAUCUUCAUCAAUCAAGAAUAACUAUCUUGUAUUUAUGGCAGAGCUGUUUUGGUGGUUUGAGGUUGUGAAACCUCCUUUUGUACAGCCCAGAUUGAUUUCUCAGUUAGAAGCAGAACCACUUCACACAACAAGAAAUAAACCUGCUGCUUUCCUGAUAUCAAAUGCUACCAGAAAAAGCUUCUUGGAAACUUCUCCCAACUCUGAGUCUGAUUGCAGCAAAGGGAGUCCAACGUUUUUACCAUCACAGCCACUUCUGCCUCUGCGGCAUACUCAACACCGACCACAUCCUUCAGAUUCAGGAAGCAUGCGUCGAUCUACCUCCAUGUCUUAUGUGGAGGGUUAUGCUGGGACUUGGCCUGAAAAGAAACAAAGAUCUUUUCCCCAAGCAGUGUCAUUCAAUAUCUCCUUUGAUACAGACAACGACAUUGAUUCUUCCACCAAAAAUAACCUGACGAUCAUUAGAUCAAUUAGUAAUGACAGUCUAAUGUCAAACAUUAACAACACUCCCAAACAUUCAGUUAGAAAUGAAUCUGUGCAGCCAAUAAAUGGACAGAGUAAUGUAACAGAAGAAACUCAUCUGUCUAAUCACAAUCACGAGAAGCCAACUAAAGGCUCAGCCAAGGGGCCUGGCUCAGCAAUGGACACUCUGCAAAGACGAUUCAUGCGGGAUGCAGUAUCAAAUGGACCAAAGGAAAACUGCUUUGAUGUCAGAGACUAUGGUAAUCACAAUGGGCCACCUAGUAUUGAAGAGGCUCUACAAAUAAUUCAUGAUGUAGACAAGCCUUAUCUAGAACUUGAAAAUGAGCAACUAGCUGAUGGUUUUUUGCUACAUGUUCAAAAUGCUAAUGAUAUUUCUGUGAAAUCCAAAAUGAAUCAAACCUGCAGCUUAGAUUCUAUUACAGAGGUGAAGGGUGCUACAAGUCCCUUGACUGAUAAUACUGAGGCGGACACAGGGAUCCAUGUUCCAUCUGAGGAUAUUCAGGAAACGAUUGAUGAAGACUUUUCCUUGAGAGAUUACACAGUUAGUAUGGAUUCAGACAUGGAGGAUACUUCCAAACUUCAUGACUCUGAUUUCAAGAGUGAUGAUCCUAACAUUUUAAUUUCAGGUUCAAACUGCUUAGCUAUACAAGCUGAAAGUAGCAUUUCUCCUGGUUCUGCUGUUAAAAUGACCAGUUUUGCCGAACAAAAAUUUAGGAAGUUGAACAUUCCGGAUGCCAGGUUGAGCAGCAGUAGUUCCCAAAAGACCACUCCAGAGAGUUCAGAGCUCUGCACACCAGGUGUGGUUUCCAAUUGCCAGAUACCUGAGAUAAGUCCCAACAAGCUAACCAGAGAUCCUGCUCAGCUGCUGGCAUCUGAAAUGAUUCAACUUAAAAUGAAACUUGAGGAGAAACGUCGAGCCAUUGAAGCUCAAAAGAAGAAGGUUGAAGCUGUUUUCACAAGACAAAGGCAAAAAAUGGGUAGGACAGCUUUUUUGAAUGUAGUAAGAAAGAAGGGUGAUGACAUUUCUACAGUGAAAGAAGAACCUGUUGGUGAACAGGAAGACAGAUCUGGGUCCAGUGAGGAGAAAGACUAUUUAAAACCUGAAGCAAUUAGAAUGAUGGGCAACUCUGCAAAUGGUCAAAGAGAGGGUGUUCAGUCUUCAACUUUUACAGCUGGGUCAGGAAAGCAAGUUGGCUGGAAUUUAAAUAGCCCCACAGAAGAAGCAUUGGGUGAUGUUGACAUUGUGGAAUAUAACAGACUAAUUGAGAAAAUGAAUACAGCUUUGCAUGCCCUACAACAAGAGAUGCAACGCUUGGCAAACCAGCAGGAAUUAAUAAUGCAGAUGAGAGAACAACAGCAACAACAACAAGCAUGGGUAAUUUCUCCUCCUCCUCCUCCUCAAUCAUCAUCGCCACAAAAGCAUGUAAGAGAGCUUCGGUCUUCUUCGCGGUCAACUGGGUCACAAUCUCCUUCUCUUUCCUCUUCUGGUGAAUCGCCUCGUUCUACUCAGCGAUCUCCUCAAACUGUUCAUAGAAGGUCUUCAUACUCUCACGUUAAGAACUCAAAAACAAGGCCAAAUGAGUUAAAGGUAACAGCAUUAAAUCGUGUACUCACACCCCCCUGUUCUGUUGACCGUCUUCCUCAUCUCAGGAAGUUUGCCCUCAGCCAAACCCAGACUAGGUCAUUCAUUUUCCUAGGCGAUGAAGAACCUGAGGACUCUUCAAAAGCAGCAUGUGAAAAAUCAACUAAUGAGGUGGCAGUGCCACAGAAAGAGGAAGGUGAAGCGGCAAAUGAAAAGCUUUUAAAAGCAGAGAAAGAGGAUUAUGAGCAGCCUGUAGAACCGGAAACUUCACAAGUGCCCAUAGUGCCAAAAGAAAAUUCUGAAUCUCUUAAAGACUCUCCAACCAAAAGAAAACAUCCUGUUGACCGGACAGUAAAGGCAAGCUUAAUUGAAGUUUCCCUUUCUGAACUGAAGCUGUCAGAGGAAGAAGCAGAAGCAGAUGAAGCAAAUAAUGGCGAUGCUGAAAAGGAACACUGUGAGGAACAGAAAUUGUGUUGUGGAUUCUUCUUUAAAGAUGAUCAGAAAGCUGAGGAAAUUGCAAUGAAACGAGCCGCACUCUUGGAGAAACGUAUGAGGAGGGAGAAGGAAAAACAGAUCAGACAGCAGCAGUUAGAAGCAGAGAUGGAAGAGAAGAAGGAGGAAGCGAGACUCAAAGCUGAAGAAGAACGACAAAGGAAGGAAGACGAAAGGUCACGCAGAGAAUUCAUCAAACAAGAAUAUCUAAGGAAAAAGCAGUUGAAACUGAUGAAGGACAUGGAUAAUGUGAUAAAACCUCGUCCUACUAGUCUGAAACUGAAGAAAGCUCGGCCGAGAUCUUUUCGAGAGGAUCCAUCAAGUCCACGAACACCUGUUAGGUCAUCAGCAGUGUCCUGCCUGUCUUUGGCAUCACUGAACACAACAGACGCUGACAGUGUACAUUCAGGAAAAAAAUCUCCCAGAACAGAAUCAGUUGAUGGAUUUAUGUCUCCAGCUUGCUCUGCCAAUCGGAAUGGUGAAAAAGACUGGGAGAAUGACUCAACAACUUCAUCAGUUGCUUCUGCAACAGAGUACACAGGACCAAGAUUAUACAAAGAACCCAGUGCAAAAUCUAACAAACAUAUAAUUCAUAAUGCAAUCUCCCACUGCUGUUUAGCUGGGAAAGUCAAUGAAAAUCAGAAGAACAAAAUACUUGCGGAAAUGGAAAAUUCUGAAGCAAAUAACUUUCUGAUCCUUUUCCGGGACGCCAGUUGCCAAUUCCGAUCACUCUAUACCUACAAUCCUGAAACUGAAGAAAUCACUAAGUUGGCAGGAAUAGGACCCAAAAACAUUGGAAGGAAAAUGAUUGAGGGACUCUACAAAUACAACUCAGAUCGCAAGCAGUUUAGUCGCAUUCCUGCCAAAUCAUUAUCUGCCUGUGUGGACGCAAUAAUCAUCCACGGCCAUCUGUGGCAGCAUAAGAGACCCAACACUCCCAAAAAGCUCACUCCUAGGUCCUAGUGAGGACAGCCAUCAUGAAAGUAGUAAUGGCAUUAAGCAAUUGCACUUCAUUGUAACUUCCUGAGGACAAGGGGUUUUUUAGUUGCCCAGAGCAUUCCUUAUGUUUAUAAAUUAGUACAUACAGUUGAAACUGGACACCAAACUCUGCUUUUAAUGUGCACAACUGGAAUGUAUAGGUUAGGGGUCUUAGAAGGACAUCAUUGUUACAAGUAGAGGUAAAAUGAUUCAUUGUAAUUUUUUUUUAGCUUGAUCAUGCAAAUUGACAAUUUGUAACAUCACUACCAUAACUCGUUUGGUACACUGGAGAAUCGUUAAUCUGAAUGAUACAUAUUUAAACUAGUCAGUAACACUUUUUUGCCCUGUUCACAUUUUUUAUGUUUUUACAACUGUCAUACAAUUUGGCUCCUGUUUUAAAGGGUAGGUCUUUUAUAUCAUUCAGUCGUUAAUAUUUGUUGUUCUUCAGUAUUAGCCACAUCUGCAUAAAGGUGCUGAUGUUAGCUGAUUUGUGCAAAAGAGUGCUAUAUUGCAUUGAUUUACUUAAAUACAAAGCUACUGGCCUGGCACUGAUCCAGAAUAUAUGUUUGAAGCAGGUUUUAUAACAGUAUUACAAGGUAACCCAAAAAAUUCUUAGGUUUUCAGUGUUAGAAGUACAGCAUCACUAACAUGACAAAGUAGAAAUUUGUCCUCUCUUGAAGGCAAUAAAUUCAUGUGUACUCACAUUUGGCUCCAAUGAUUUCAGUGGAACUGAAUUUCUUCAAGUGGAGUACAACAUGCAUACACUUCUAUAUUGUGAUGUAGGACAAAUUUCCACUCCAGUUCUUUAAAGAUAUGGGAAGAAUCCUUAAAACCUGUGCUGGCAAUCCCAGUGCUUCUGCUAUGGAUAUGCAAACCAGUUGUCUCAUGAGGAAUGGUGUUUGCUUGCUGAUUCUGCGUUUUUACUUGAUUUUAACAGCCACAGUGUACCCUGUACAUCCAGAAUGGCUAAUAAUUGUUGUUGUACUGUCAGUAAUGAAUAGAUGUAGAGGCUAAAAUCUAACAUCAGAUCAGUUGUAGUGGCAUUAGACAGUGUGUCAAAAUAAGUUGACUUGGGGGAAAAAGUAAUGAAAAUGGUAAAGGAAGUAGACUUUUUAAUUGUUUUAAUUACAUAGUUAGAAAAGUAGUUAGACUAUUGAUCCUUGUGUCUUUUUUGAGUGGUAAAAAAACUCACAGCUGGAGAAGCACAAUUUACAUUCCCAUCUUUUCAGAAUUCAUUCCAUUUGUAAAUUGCAUGUAUUGGUUUUUAGAAUAUUCCAGCUAAUUUUAAUUUGUUGGAAAGUAACAGCAUGUUACGAUUAAUCAAAGUAUUUUUGUGCGCCACUGAAACCGGAGACUAUGCACGAUGGUGACGAGCCAUAUGCCAUUCCAAGGUAAAAACAGAAAAUGCUGGAAAUACACUAGAUCAGACUACAUUUGUGAGAAGGAAACAUUGAAGAUCCACAGCUGUUUGUCAAAAACACUUUGACCUGAAACACUGAUUCAGUUUUCUCUUCCCAUAAAAAUACCAUCAGAACUGUUGAAUUUCCUGGUAGUUACUGAUUUUUAUAUCAGAUUUAAAUUUCCCGCAAAUGGAAAAUUUAUUGAUUUUUCACAUGCCAUUCCAAAUUGCUCAGCUGUUGUAACUUCUAAAAUGGGCUGCUCUAGAAUAUUGUGGAGUAUUAAUCUAUAAUCUUGUUUCUUUUGCACAAUACGCCUCAGCAUCAUUCCAGAAAAAGCAAAAUAUUUUUCUUUUGUCUGAUGAGUCAAUUGCACACGAAUACUCUCAUGCCCACAUCCCCAGCCAAAGAAAAUUCUCACUGCAUUUUCUUCAGCCAUAUGAUUUUUUUCUCUAUACCCUAAUUUCCCUGCUAACAGAACUUGUUAAUUUCUAUUUAGUAUAAUUCUUUUAGUGGAACAACUUUUUCAACAUACUAAGUGUUUCUAAAAUUUGACCAGUUGUAUAAACACUGUUCUUAAUUUUUAAAAAUUUAAUAAUGCAGAGUAAUUGCUUAUAAGACGUUUAAAGGUUUUUUAUAUUUUACUGUCAACAGCUUCAGAAUUCUUGCCACAUUCCCCAUGACUGGGUUAUCCUGACCAUUUUAUUUCAUGUCUGUAUCUCGGUCCAGCUUGAUGAAUGCCUUUUGAUUCCUCAUGCUGUGUUUUAUUUACAAUAUUUUUCAAAAGUUUUAGGCACAUAUAUAGGGUGCCUUUUGUAUUAGUCAGAGUGGAGCAGAGAGCAAGUUUGUAAAUCUGGUGGGAGUAAGGGAUGUUGGGAAUGGUGAAGGUGGAGUGCAGAGGGAGGGGUGUGGGAUAGGUGGAAAAUAAGGAGUGCCAAGGGUGAGGUGUGGCAUGGGUGCAGACACACCAGACAAGGUCAUUUGAUUCCAAACAAUUGGUUUAUUGACAAUUACAGAACGUCUCUCUGGUGCUUUCUGCUCUCUCCCAUCAUCCUUCUCCUUUUCCCAAACAUAGAAACAUAGAAAACAUAGAAAAUAGGUGCAGGAGUAGGCCAUUCGGCCCUUUGAGCCUGCACCGCCAUUUAUUAUGAUCAUGGCUGAUCAUCCAACUCAGAACCCCGCCCCAGCCUUCCCUCCAUACCCCCUGACCCCCGUAGCCACAAGGGCCAUAUCUAACUCCCUCUUAAAUAUAGCCAAUGAACUGGCCUCAACUGUUUCCUGUGGCAGAGAAUUCCACAGAUUCACCACUCUCUGUGUGAAGAAGUUUUUCCUAAUCUCGGUCCUAAAAGGCUUCCCCUCUAUCCUCAAACGGUGGCCCCUUGUUCUGGACUUCCCCAACAUCGGGAACAAUCUUCCUGCAUCUAGCCUGUCCAAUCCCUUUAGGAUCUUAUACGUUUCAAUCAGAUCCCCAUUCAAUCUUCUAAAUUCCAACGAGUACAAGCCCAGUUCAUCCAGUCUUUCUUCAUAUGAAAGUCCUGCCAUCCCAGGAAUCAAUCUGGUGAACCUUCUUUGUACUCCCUCUAUGGCAAGGAUGUCUUUCCUCAGAUUAGGGGACCAAAACUGCACACAAUACUCCAGGUGUGGUCUCACCAAGGCCUUGUACAACUGCAGUAGUACCUCCCUGCUCCUGUACUCGAAUCCUCUCGCUAUAAAUGUCAGCAUGCCAUUCGCCUUUUUCACCGCCUGCUGUACCUGCAUGCCCACUUUCAAUGACUGGUGUAUAAUGACACCCAGGUCUCGUCGCACCUCCCCUUUUCCUAAUCGGCCACCAUUCAGAUAAUAAUCUGUUUUCCUAUUUUUGCCACCAAAGUGGAUAACUUCACAUUUAUCCACAUUAAAUUGCAUCUGCCAUGAAUUUGCCCACUCACCCAACCUAUCCAAGUCACCCUGCAUCCUCUUAGCAUCCUCCUCACUGCUAACACUGCCACCCAGCUUCGUGUCAUCCGCAAACUUGGAGAUGCUGCAUUCAAUUCCCUCAUCCAAGUCAUUAAUAUAUAUUGUAAACAACUGGGGUCCCAGCACUGAGCCUUGCGGUACCCCACUAGUCACUGCCUGCCAUUCUGAAAAGGUCCCGUUUAUUCCCACUCUUUGCUUCCUGUCUGCUAAUCAAUUCUCCGCCCACACCAAUACCUUACCCCCAAUACCGUGUGCUUUAAGUUUGCACACUAAUCUCCUGUGUGGGACCUUGUCAAAAGCCUUUUGAAAAUCCAAAUAUACCACAUCCGCUGGUUCUCCCCUAUCCACUCUAUUAGUUACAUCCUCAAAAAAUUCUGUGAGAUUCGUCAGACAUGAUUUUCCUUUCACAAAUCCAUGCUGACUUUGUCCGAUCAUUUCACCGCUUUCCAAAUGUGCUGUUAUCACAUCCUUGAUAACUGACUCCAGCAGUUUCCCUACCACCGACGUUAGGCUAACCGGUCUAUAAUUCCCCGGUUUCUCUCUCCUUUUUUAAAAAGUGGGGUUACAUUAGCCACCCUCCAAUCCUCAGGAACUAGCCCAGAAUCUAACGAGUUUUGAAAAAUUAUCACUAAUGCAUCCACUAUUUCUUGGGCUACUUCCUUAAGCACUCUAGGAUGCAGACCAUCUGGCCCUGGGGAUUUAUCUGCCUUCAAUCCCUUCAAUUUACCUAACACCACUUCCCUACUAACAUGUAUUUCACUCAGUUCCUCCAUCUCACUGGACCCUCUGUCCCUUACUAUUUCUGGAAGAUUAUUUAUGUCCUCCUUAGUGAAGCCAGAACCAAAGUAAUUAUUCAAUUGGUCUGCCAUGUCCUUGCUCCCCAUAAUCAAUUCACCUGUUUCUGUCUGCAGGGGACCUACAUUUG